UUGAAGAUCCUGAACUAAUAAUUAUUUUAUUUGUUGAAAGGUUUAUACAGUAUGUUAUAUUUUAGGACACUUUCAUUAUUUGUAUUUUAAGUAUUAAUUUUUAUUGACGACAAGCUUGAGCCCUUUUAAUGUGGACAUUUAUGCAUGAUAACAUAUUUAAAUCCUACGUGUAUAAAACUGUUAUCGAACGCCUCGUGUUGUGAACAGGGUUGGACAGUUGUGUUUUCUCGUUCACAUGCAUGGCAGGGGAGUAUUCUCGUAAAACACUGAUUCUUCCAACAAUGUAGUAGAAGUUUUAAGGGGCCCUAAAAAUAGUCAUCAAGAUGCAUACCCCAGUCUCUAGCAUGGUGGGUUCAGUGAAGGCUGAAUCUCCACCUAAUGAAGACAUUGGUGGGAGUCGCUCAUCACCGGCUUCACUGGGUAUUAUGUUCAGCAGUACAGAUAGGGAAGACUUUGGAACAAGUACUGACAAGGAGGAUUGCUUUGAUAAAGGAAUGCUGUGUAUCCAAGAAGAACUUAACCAACUGAGUGUGGAAAUUCAACAUUCUAAGUCCCCUCAAGGAACAUUACAACCCACAGCAGUUACAACAUGCCCCCCUAGAUCUCCUAGUUACUAUAGUUUAACAAAUUCUGGAGGAGAUCAGUCACAGCCAAAAGGAAAGGAUGGUGGCAUUGAAUUUCAUGACAGAAGUAGCCGAUCUUCUGGGUGGUUUGAUGGUCUACUAGGAUGUUUGAAACCAGUUUGGAGCAUUCUUGGCAAAUCUGGUAACAAUGAAAGUAAAGAUGAAUGGGAAAUACCAUUUGAAAAUAUAAGAGACUUGCAAUGGUUAGGUAGUGGAGCUCAGGGUGCUGUUUUUAAGGGUCAUUUGAAUAAUGAAAUGGUUGCCGUAAAGAAAGUGCGUGAAAAAUCAGAAACUGAUAUUAAACAUCUUCGAAAGUUGAAUCAUCCCAAUGUUGUAUCAAUCAAAGGAGUUUGCACACAGGCUCCAUGCUUCUGUAUUAUAAUGGAGUACUGUCCAUAUGGGCAGCUUUAUGAUGCAUUGAGGAAUGGCCAAGAGGUUCCACCUACAACAGUGGUUGAUUGGGGUAAGCAGAUUGCUUCUGGAAUGAAUUACCUCCAUUCGCACAGAAUCAUUCAUCGAGAUUUGAAGUCUCCAAAUGUUCUUAUCAGUCUUAAUGGUACCCUGAAGAUCUCAGAUUUUGGAACAUGUAGACAGUGGAAUGAAAUCAGCACAAGAAUGUCAUUUGCUGGUACAGUAGCUUGGAUGGCUCCAGAAAUUAUUCGAAAUGAACCAUGCUCAGAAAAGGUGGACAUAUGGUCUUUCGGUGUGGUCUUAUGGGAGUUGUUGACAUGUGAAACUCCAUAUAAAGAUGUUGAUUCUUCGGCUAUCAUCUGGGGUGUGGGUAACAACAGUCUUCAUCUUCCCAUUCCUAAAACAUGUCCGGAAGGAUUUAAAUUGCUCAUGAAACAGUGUUGGAGUGCCAAGCCUAGAAAUAGACCAUCAUUUCGACACAUCUUGAUGCAUCUUGACAUAGCAGCAGUAGAAAUCCUGAGUACACCAAAGGAAAAAUACUUCAAAACACAGGCUUCUUGGAAGGAGGAGAUAAAGCAGUACAUGAAUGAAAUAAAGCAAGAAGGAAAUCACGUUUCUCUUGUGGAGAAAGAUCUGGUGCGAAGAAGAAGAGAUGAAUUGCGACAUGCUCAAGACAUUCGUGAGCAUUAUGAACGUAAAUUAGAACGUGCCAAUAACUUGUACAUGGAGUUGGCAGCUUGUUUAUUGCAACUAGAACAGAGGGAAAGAGAACUUUUGAAGCAGGAACAAGCUAUACAACAGUGUUCAGGAAUAAAGCCUCAUAAAAAGCGCAUAGUAAGACCACUGCUGAAAGCCCAUGAAAGGCUUGGCAAGAAACGAAGCUAUAAGUCACAGUCAGAAAAAACCAGCCCUGAAAGUCCUCAAAAACUUGGUGCCAUAGCUUCUAAUUUUGUCACACCAUCCAGUCACUUUUCAGCUAAAGCCCGGAUUCGCCGUGCUCGUCAUCGCCGAAAUGGCAGCUGUGGUGGUUCAGGAACAUACCAGUUUGGAGGGGCUGGGAGUCAUAAUUCUUCUCCCAAGCCUAGUCCAAGGAAAGAACAACAGUGUGUGGUAGAUAGUGAAGUUCAGACAGAUGGGAUGGAUUUACUAAGUGAGACUGACUUGACAAGUCCCAUUGUUACCGUAUCAAAACCAUUAGUAUUACAAACUCAGCCAAUUGAAGAUGAUGAUAUUGAAUCUGGAUGUCAUAGUGAUAAAACUAACUGUAAUGCCUUCUGUAAAAAAUGCCACACUCCAUUAAGUGAUACUGAAUGUUCCAAAUGUGUGAAAAAAUUUCCAAAAAGUAUUGAAACUCCAGUUGAGGAGCAAGGAGACUCUUUAGAGCCCUCAGACUCACAAAAAAAUUCUGAAAAAUGUUCAAGGCCACAUGAAAAUUUUGAUGAUAGUAAUAUGAACACAAGAGAAGAGACUCUUGGUUCUGAACAUAAACCUAGAACAACCAACAAGUCGAGUGGCAAUGGUUCAACCACCUCAUUUCCAUUGGUACAGGAAGGUCUUAGUCCAAAGAUAAGCCAACGACGAAAACGGAUGAUCAGUGACAGUGAUGAAUCGCCCACUGCUGUUUCAGUUCCCAUUCCUGUUACUAGUGGUCAUAGGUGGUCUCUUGGUCCUCAUAGAAACUCACAAGUGCAUGAUGACAGUAGUUCAGAAGAGGAGGGAGAAGUUGAUGAUAGUGAUGAUUGUGUUCUUAGAAAUCAAAGGAUAGUUGGAAUACAUACACAAAGCAGCAGGCAGUCUGUGUCAACUCUUAGCUCUGAAGGCAACCUCUCUGAGGAGGAGAACACUAGUGAAUACUCAAGUAGCCACUGUACAACUAAUGACCUCCUGUCCAGCACCUCCAACCCAGACAUCCCUCAUCACGUGGACCAGGAGAAGGAAGGCAACCGUACAGAUAUCAUUCAGCGCCACAGUAUAUGUGGAACAGGCUCUGCCUCCAUUACUUUUAGAGAGAAAAUACGACUGCCAAAACUUCGACAUAGCCCCCUUCCACCAAUCACAGAUGUGUACAGCUCACCAGCCCUGUCUCACAGUUCCUCCUCUGCAUCAGAGACUGAGAGUGUGUCUGACAUUACAGUGGCAACUGCCUGUCCAGACUCUCAGGGUAACACAGAGACCACAGUAUGGUGAUAGACUUCUGGUAAUAGUAACAAACGGGAAGGUAAAUGAUACCUGUCUUUGUGUUCUAUCGUCGUUAUUCAAACUGUUGCAAGAUACAGUACAGUGAAGAACUUAAAACUAUUGUAUAGUGUAAUGUAAACUGACAUUAAGUAGUGCCUGACGUGAUUGUUGCUAGUGUAAGUCAGGAGAGAUUGUUAAAUUUGUUUUGGUAAGUUUUGCAAUCAAGAUUUUUCUCUCCAUGUUCAUAAAUACCUAUAAAUUAUCUUACUGUGCAAAGAAAAAGCUACGACUGUUGUAAGGAGAGCAGCAGAUGUUUAAACACUGAAGUUAGUACUUUCAGGUAGUAAUCUAGUUAUUGACAUGUACUUACAAAUCUAGCUUUUUGGAUCCAUAUUUGAUUUUGGAUCUACAAGCAUGUUAGUACACAGAAAUGUCUGGCUCAUCAAAUCUUGUUUAAUGGUAUACCUUGUUAGCUUUAUGGCUUAGCUAACAGGGCCAAUCUUAGAUAUUUUAAUAGUGAAAGCAAUUUUUUUUAGAAAAUUCACUCUUCUAUUGCUCUUCCAAACUACAGACUGACAUAAUAAUAACAAUACCCAACUGACAAAACAGUGCAUUCGAAUCAUUCUAUGUAAAAACAUAAUGUUUAAUUAGAUAUUGUCAUUAUUGGGUUGAUUUUUAGUGCUUUGAUCAGAAGUUAAUACAGUUCCUUAUUCCAUACUUUUCACAUAGGAAUUACAUCUCCAAAUGCAUUCAGUUGUACACUAGUGUCAUGGUUCACUUUGUAAACCUUUAUUUACAGCUAAAUUGUAAAGCUUUUCUUAUACAUUAAUUGCAACUUCUUAACCAAUUAUAAUAUUAUAUCUGUGACUAGAUAUUAAAAAUUAUUUUGUGCUGCAUUUGUAAUUCCCUUUUAUGCACAGUAUUGAUUGUAUUUUAACUGAAACAAGCAUUUACUUUUGACUUCUGUCCUUCCUUUAAUAUUUUAAACUUUUUUAUUUGCUGAAUCAAUGUCAGUAUGAAAGCUAUGAAAAUAUUUUAACAGUGAUCACUGUAAAGUCUCCAAAUGUUUUGUUAGUUCAAGUAUUCGUUUUUACUAUUUUGAGUACUCAGUAACUUGAAUCUUGAUAUAUUUACAACUUUCUUCCGAUUUUCAACACUGUUAACACAAUUUACAUUGAAGGUGAAAGACAGACAGCUGUUAUAGUUGAUUUCAAGAAACCAGGAUUAGCUGCUUGAUGAAAACAAGAGCAAUCUGUUAUUGCAUUCAACUGGAUUAUUAGUUAUACCUAUAAUAAUAUUAGCACAAGAGACCAACAAGAUUAGCUUGAACUUGCAUAGUUCUAACAUUUGUUACUUUAAGAAAUAACUACAAAAACAACAACGAUCUUUCAUAUCUAAUUGGAUAACAUUAUGGGAGAAUUCAAUUGUCAAAUUUUCAACAGAUUAUUUGAUUCCAAUGAUAUAGAAGGAGCGUGUUUUGUGAUGGUUGAUUGAGUCUUCAAGGGUCAGUAGCCAUUCAGCAGUAUGGUUUAUGUGAACUUCGUAAAUCAUCCACAUACUCAGUGUGAGUUUACCAAAGCAAACACAUUCAGACAUUGAAAAUAUAGUAGCUGAUAGGUUCCACCUUUAAAAUGGCUCUGUAAGUAGUGUUCUGUAACUCAAUAGAUGAUGGCCAACCAAAUCCAGCCCUACUUUGGAAAAAAUUCAGAAAAAGUCUGCAACGUAAGAUCCUCUAGUUUUUCAAAUUUCAUAAAAUAUAACAAUUCUAUAGCAUACAAUAAUGAAGAUAAAUCCAACCUUUUCGCUUGCUUUUAUGAAAAACAUAUUUGAUGAUAAACAUUUAACUCCAUAAAUGAGCAUGUAGAACAGCACAGUGUAAACUAUAACCCAGUUUUCUCUACCACUAGCUCAACUAGGUUUCACAGCAACAACUAUCACACAUGCCUGAUCUCAUUAGCUGAAACCAAGGUUACUAUUAAAACACUCAAAUGCACAUCUCCCGGCAAAGAUGGCAUAAACAACAUUAUCAUCAAGAAAUUCUCAAAAAAAUCCUAAUUCAUCUAAUAUCAAUAUACAAUCUUAUUGUUUACGGCAGGAUAUUACCUCGAGAUUUGGAAACCCCUAAAAAUCCUGCUGACUUACACCUAUCCAAUAACUAUUAUCCAAUUAAUCUAGUCAAUACUCUUGGAAAAUUAAUGGAAAAAAAUCAUCUCCAACAGACUACUUUACUUCAUAGAAUCUAAAAACCAAAUUAGCAGUACCCAACAUGCCAUUUGCAAAUGUAGACAAACAAUAAAUCACCCUGUUUGCAUAACUGAAUCAGCAUUCAAGGGGUUUAACCAAAAACACACUACAAUUGCUGCUUUUUUAGUGUAAAACAAGCAUUUGAUACCGUCUGGCACAAUGCCUUGAGAUAUAAGUUAUUCCCCAAUAAUAUAUAUAUUCUAUCCAAUUGAUCUGCUUGCAUUAAAAUUAACAAUUCUACCUCUAGUCCCUUUAAACUUAAUGCUGGCAUUCCCCAAGGUUCUGUUCUAAGCCCCCUUAUUAUAUUUACUAUUUGUUAACGAUAUCCCUGUUUCCUCCUUACCAUACACGUUAGUGUCUCAUGCUGACAACGUAGCUGUCUGGAGCACAUCACAAGACCCAUGUACUGCAGUUGUGAGAGUCCACGACUCACUUAAUUGAAUUAUCCACUGGUGCAACAGUUGGAGAGUCUUGUUGAACCCCAUAAAGCCUCAAACUACUGCUUUUCACUGAAACAUUGGCAAAAGGUCCAAUAAAAUUCCCUUAGUUAAACUUCAACUUUAUGAUAACCUCAUUGCCUUUACAAAAACCAUAAAUUUUUAGGCCCCACUUUUAAUAAAAAAAUCAUUUGGACAAACUAUUUUCAUAACAUUCUCACUAGCACCAGCAAAUUCAUUGCCUGUCUUCGCUGCACAGGAGGCUUGAACAAAGGAUACCACAACAAAACAAUCAUCACAAUAUGCAAUGUUUACAUUAGACCUAAUUGAAUAUGGCUAAGCUGUAUCCUCCUGCAAUAUGUCUAAUAUGCUUAUUUCCAAACUACAGAACCAACAAAGUAAUCAAAACAGCAUUCUGCUUACCACCCUACACCCUGCAUGAGUAUCUAGAAAGACUAAGUGACAUACCAACUCUGAAAAAUAGGGUUUUUAAGUUAGCUAUAACAUAUUAUCAAAUAAUCACGUACAAAGAACAUACAAAUUAUGGAAUUUUCCAAAGUUGCUGGAACACCCUCCACAUGACUCAAGUAUACUUCACCCAUGAACUUUAUCAACACCUAAAAUUGUGAUUAAUCUUACCCCUCCUCAUACUAAUUUCAUCUCCUACCAUUAAUACUUUAAUUCUUAGAUGACUUAUUGCAUUAAUAUUUGCUUUUCAGCAUUUUGUCUUGGGCACUGGUCAAGUAGAAUAUUCGAUACUUGUACGUGAAAGUGGGUUUUCUCUGGUUUCCCCCCACAUCAAAAUUUACUUGGGCUUUGGUCCUUGCCCCCCUGAAAAUGGCUGUUUGAUCAUUUUAUCAAUUUAAUUACUUUUGAUUACUUUAUUUAAGCUUAAUCUUCUAAUUUUCUCAAGUCCAAACAUUUUAAGUCUUUCUGACUCAUUCUUUGGACAUUCUCUCACCUUUUUAUUAAUCACAAAUGAUCAAAAUAUAAAUCUAUUCACUUCUGCACUGGUGUAUAUUAUUCUCCUUAUCCCUCUCUACCAACUUGCACUCAUUGAAUCCUCAACCGACAUCAUCACCAUGUGAUAUAAACUUAUACACGUAUUCACCACCUUCAAGUCUACUGGUUUUCUUCUUUGGCUUUCCCAAUCGAUGCCUGCUGUUUGAUGGCAUCCUUCUCUCGCAUAUUCUGUGCACUAUGUACUCUCAUUCACCAUCUUCUAACCUACUCAGCCCAUUGGCUCAUUUUGUGAUUAAAAUUCUCAUUUAGGCUUGUAUAAAUAAACCUCUAGUGGAGUGAAGAGAAACAAAAGUUUCUGAGCAUCCCAGGAUGUUUCUCGGGCCCCAAAGAUUCUUUUACAACCCGAGAGAUCUCAAACCUAAAUAACUACCAUAAUUGGAUUGGUUUUGAAGAAAAAAGAUCUCAGAGUUCUGGUUAAUCAGUCUCCUAAGCCAUCCAAGCAGUGUGCUGUUGCUAAUGGUGUGGCAAGUAGUAUUUUAGGCUGUAUCUACUAUAAUAUUGAAUAAAAGUAUAAAAGUGUUAUUUCAUUGUAUAGGUUACUGGCAAGGCCACAUUUGAAGUAUUGUAUUUACUUUUGGACUCCUUAUCUUAGGAAGGACAUUGGAUUGCUAGAGAAGGUUCAAAGGAGGGCUACUAGAAUUAUACCUGGAAUGGAAUAGUUAUCAUACAAGGACAGGUCAAGAUCUCUAAAAUUGUUUUCUUUUGAAAAAGAGAAGAGUUUGAUGGGAUCUGAUUGAGGUGUUUAAGAUUGUUAAGGAAAUUGAUAGUGUUAAUACAUCAUCCUUUUUUAUACUUAAUGAUGAGAAUGGUAGAACUAUGGGUCACACAGAUAUAAAUUUUGGUAGAGGAGGAGUCAUCUUCAGCCAAGACAGCUUUAUUUUUCUACUAGCGUAGUUGGUCUUUGGAAUGGUUUACCUUCAGACCUGCUGGAUGCAGUAAGUUUAAGGGAAGGCUUGACAAAUAGUUGAAUGAUAAGGGCUAGCUUUGAGUUUAUUUUAAAGUUUAGUUUUGUGGGUGGGAUGUCCUUGAUGGACCAACAAGUCCCUUGUUGUCCUUAAAUUAUAUGUUACAUUGCUUUUGAUUUUGACUGGCCCUGUUAGCAAGCUGACAGUGAUAACUUGUAUUUGGUUUUAAUGUCUUAUAUCAAACUUCCAAGCAAUUGUUGUGAAUUAUAUAAAGUUUUCAUUUAAAAUGUGUUAACUUUUUAAUCUUAUAAAAGGUUAGCUGUAUAACUGCUUUUAUAUAGAAAAUCAACUAAAUUCCAACCCUCUCAGAAAAAGUUAAGUUUCUGAAAAAGUUUUAUAGUGACACUUAAUAAACAAGAUGACAUCACUGUAGAGCUUAAACAUGGUAUUUCAGUGAUUGAAGUAAAAUGUUUCAUUUUCAUUUACUUGCUUUGCAUUUUAUUGUGUUAUUUUGGAUUGUAAUGACAAAAUAUUGCCUUGCUGUGAGUUGAUGAAUUUUUAAGAGCUCUAACUUUAGCAGUUUUUGGAAGUUUCAAAAUGCUGGUCUGGUGCAUCUAUACAAAAAAUCUAAACUUUAAAGCCUCCUUUCAUAGAAUAAUAAAUUUCCAUUCUUGUUUUGAGAUUUUUGCGAUUGUUUGUUUUUAUCAAUGAACAUAUAAUUUGGACAGUUAAUAAAACAAGUAUAUGUAAACCUUUUUAGCUGUCACACUAUAUACGUAUUUUCAAACAGUUUUAUGGUUUUAUUGGAACUAAUAUUUUAUUUAUGUACACUGUAACUGUAUAACAGAAUGACCAGUUUGAGGGCUGAAAUCAUUUAAUGUUAAGAAUUAUUUUUUACAUGACAGUAUUCUGUAUUUCACUAUCAGUAUUGAGUUUUUAGUAAAACUUUUGAUAGAACUGCAAUCAUCAUGUACUUAAUGCUGGAGGGGUUAUAUCAUGUUUGUGCUUUGUUUACACCCUAUUUCAUACUACAAGUAUAAAUAUAUUUAGUUAUUAUUGUUAUAAAUGAUGUCUUUUUAUUUACAUUGUUGUUUUUAUAUAUUAUAUUUCUAAUUUAUUUGCAGGAAGGAAUAAUUUUUGUGUAUCAAUUCUCUAUAUUAUAUGCCGUAUAAAUUUUGUGUUAUUGCUAAAUAACCCUUUUCUUGAAAGAUCUACAUUUCCAUAACUUCUACAUCUAUUUUACUGCUGUUGUAACCAUGCUUACCAAAUUAAAUUACAAUUUUGAUGUUUGCUUGUUGAUUUAGCAAACGUGCGUCAUCAGAUGAACAGGGAACAGUCUAUAUCUUGGUGUUGACUUUUUUUUCAGUUGAAAAUAUUAGUACAUUUGUGCAUAGACAAUUCAGAAACUGUUAGAUGGUACACUUAACUGCAGUAGUAUAUUUUGUACUUCUUGUUUAGAACUAUGAAUUUAAUAUAAUGGCCAAAAAAUUUAUUAUACUGAAUAUCUGUCUCAUUCUACACAUAUAUAUAAAAAUAAAAUGAAAAUGGCGAUAUUACCUUCCUUAAGAGUAUUAACUGUUGUGGAAUGUACAAUGCAGGAAAAAAAAAUUUUAAAUGUUUCUUUUAUUUGUUUUUGUGAUUUGGAAGCAGAUUCAAGAAAGUUAGCAGUUUUUGUUAGAUUACUACUACUACACACUCUAGAAAUUAGUUUUCAUAGUUUAUUUGUAAAAUUUCCCCACCUAUGAUUCUGAUGUGAGUACUAAUCAUAUUACAUACAUGUGAAUUCAAACAGACUUUGUUAUUCAUUUUCAAAAUUCAGUGCUUUAAAUAUGUGUAUCAUAGAAAUAUUUUUUUAAUAACUCGAUUCUUGCAAAAUACCUUAACCAAGAAAAGUAGAACUUAAAAAAAUUCUUGCAUGUGGAAAUGAAAUUACAUACUUAACUAUUUUUCUUUAAUUCUAAACUAGUUGUAUAAACCUGAAUUGUUUAUUUUUAUUCUGUAAGAAGCUUUACUAAAAAGUGUAUUUUGAUGAAUGUCAACUCCAGGGAAACUUUUAUUUGAAUGCCUAACAUAUAUUUGGGAUUUUGAUGAAUCAGUUAUUUAAAAAAUUCUUUUUCAGGAGAAUUAGACAAUGAAAUAAUCUCAAAUUGGUUAACUUUUAUUUGUGAAGCUCAGUAUUUCAUAAAAGAGCUCAAGUUGUUAUGUAUUCAUUCUGUAUUGAUGAAGGUUUUCAAAUAAGAAAUUUUCUAAGCCUAUUUGGAAUAAUUUGCACGGUGUCUGUGUGUGUGUGUGUGUGUAUAUAUAUAACAGAAGUUAUGUUUACCCCAUAUAUCCAAGUAAUUGAUUAGUCCAUAAAAAAACAAGACAUUUUUUUCUAGGCAUCUUGAUUACAGUUUACAAGACAGUAGUUAAACUUGUAUGAAUAUUUUUAUAUGAAUUUUUUUAAAGAAGGUAAAACUAUUAAAAAAUUAAAUACUUGAACCAAUUGACUAAAUAUAAUACCAUAAUUUCAAGGGAGCUUGCUGACUGAUUAAAACUGUACAACUUACUGUUCGCAAUCAAUUCCAAUAGUAUACACCAAGUGUAGGAAUCAUAAUUUAUCAGUAUAAUAUUCUGAAGCAUUCUUCUUGUUAAGAAAGGUGUGUUUUUUCAUUCUAACAUUCAAUUACCAGGUAUUUCCAGAAUAUAAUAGAUGUGAUAAGCCUUGUAGAAUUUCAGCAGUGCUACUUUUAAUUGUAAAUAUAGUUGCACUUGUAUGUGGUUGUAUUGUGGUUAAUUUUUAUUUUCAAGUUUUUUCAUAUGCUUUUGUGUGGUUGUUACAUGGCACACCCCAAGUGUAAAAGUUAAACAGCAUUUAUAGAUUUAGGUUGUGAAUUAAAAAGUUAUUGGCAGCUUCCUGAGUAAGUAAAAGGGAUACCAUCAAGUUCUAUUACUGGUCCUCUUAAUUUUCUUUAAGUGUUUAUGUUUUAUCAAGAAUACUUUUCAGCACUGAACAUAAUAAUUGGAAUGAGUUGGCUUUAACUGUACAACAUAAUUUGGUGUUACAUCAGAAUGUUAUAAAUUCUUGCAUACAAUUUAUUAACUACGUUUUACCAAAAGAAGUACAAGAUUAUCAAAUAGCAGUAGAUAACUUGUAGCCUAGCUGUUGUUGGUCUCAAGGUUUAGAUUGGUGGGAACAAUUGUUAUGAAAUUGUUGAUAUUGUAGCAUUUCUAUACAUUUCCAGAGGUUAAUAGUGUGGUUGUAAAAUAUUCUGUCAGAAAAUGUGGUGAUGUGGUAAGAAAAUAGAACUCUUCACUUGUCAUUUAAGAGUUUCGAACUGUCAAAUUAGUAUAUUUGUUUUGAAAUUUAAAACCCAUCAAACUUUGUAAAAACUUUAAUGUUAAUACACAUUACAGAUUCAUAUUUAAUGUAGUAGUGAAGCAAUAUGGUUUCGAGGGAUAACAGUUCUGACAACUAAGGUGUGGUAGGGUUCAUAAGUUAUAGGUUCUCCUAAUUAUCAAAAGUGUAAAAAAGGGGGGGGGUUGUGAGCAAAUUAAAUUGAGCAGUAUUAAAUAUCCAAAAGGGGAAUAAAAAUAAAAGCAUGGUAAACAUUCAAAGAAAAUUGGAGGAAGAAACAGACUUUCCAGUUCUUUUUUUUAUCUUUUUGGAAAUUUGUAUUUCUUUAUUUUUUACUUUAUUGACAGUAGUGCUUAUGUUGUUUUUUGCAUUAGCUUAAUGUCAAUUUUCUUUAUUGAAAGUCCAAUUCAGGGUCACAUUUUAGCUCCAUUUGUAACAAAGUUUUAUAAAUUUUUCAUUUUCUUUACAGUUUUCAAGUUUUUUUUAACUUAGACCAACCAAUCAUGGUUGAUUGUACUUGGCAAUUCCAGUUUUUAAUUCAAAAACGUGUAAAUAUAUUUACAUCCCAAAAAACGUCAAAUGUAAGUUUUUUUAUUUUAUUCAAGCGUAUGAUGGAGGAUAAAAUCAUGGUAUUUUCUUCUUACUUGAGUGUGAGGUGUUGCAGGCCUCAGGACUCUCAUGCACGGAAUUAGACCAAUGGCCAAUUAAUUAUACAUUAGAAGGUGGUGCAAUGGGAAUCAAAAUAAAAAAAUACUGGUGCAAAGCAUUAGUAUAUAUCUAAAUUGCUUAGAUUUUUUCUAAGCUUAUAUCAAAUCCUAGAACAAAUAUUGUGUUUGUUUUAAAUUUUACUUGUUUGUGCUCCAUUGGUAUUACUUCUUUAUUCAUUUAAAAUAAAGUUUGAUAAAUGAGAUGCCAAAAUCCUGCUUCAAUUACAGACUUAAUAUGUAUGCUCUUUAGUAAAUCAGCAGUAGGGCUCAAGUUCAUAAUGCUAAGUAUUGGGUUACGAUCUCUGCAGUGUGAAGAGCACAUAUAGCCUAUUGUGUAGCUUUUUAUUUAAUUACAAACAAAUAGUCUUAAUAUUGUUCUACAAUAAUAAGGUGGAAACUCUCCCACAUAGACAACAAUUAUUGAAGUAAUAAUAUGAAGUGACAUCCUUUGAUUGUUGUUAAGAAGAAUACUAAAGAAAUAUGUUUUUAGUUGUUGUUGUUGCUCACCUCUGUUAGCUAGUUUUAAACUACUGGCUGGUUCCUUUUAUCCAGUUAAGCAUGAUUAAAUCAAAUUAUUGGUUUGUUGUGCAGUGGAUUUGUGUUAUUUUUACCAUUUUAAAAUGUCACUAGAUGUUAUUAAACAAACAGCUUAUAGAAUUUACUAAGUUACAUGUGGAAAGUCUUGAAUCAACAGUCAUCAAAUAGCUGUCCAAUGUCUUAAACUUUUUUGUGGAUACAAUAUCAGUAUUAAAAAACAGUUUGUUCAUCUAGACAAAAAAUCAUUUUUCCAUCUAAAUAUAAGUAUGUGCAUUUUUAGCACCUUUAUAACAGAAUGUAAUUAUAUUUAGCUGGUUCUUCUCUUUGAACAAGUCAUCUUGGUAUUAAAUAUGGAAUUGCAAAACUACAAACAGUUGAAGAAUUUAGAAACAUUUCAACGUAUUUUUCAGAUAUUUUUAUUUUUAGUAAAAUCUUCUUCAAACGUUUUUCAAUAUACAGGUAUACUUAGAUAGUUGUUCUCAAGCUUAGAUAUCUGGAGGGUUGGGUAAGAGUGGACAAAGCAACGUAAUGACCACAACCUAACAUAAAUAACUGUUAAGAAAAUCUGAAAGCCAUGGUGUUUUCUACUCUGUUAAAUAUGUACUAAUGUUAGCUGUUACAUUCAUGGAAGUUAUAAGUAAAUAUAUUAAAAUGCAUAUUAUUUAAAGACUGUGCUUCAUCUCUUUGUUUUAUCACUUAAAAUAUGAAGUUCUUAAUAAAUUUUCUAAACUUAUUACAGUAACUCUAAACAAUGCUUUUAACUUCAGUUUGUGCCUUGAGGCAUAAUAAAGAAAAAAUAUUUUGUAACACUUUAACUUUGGAAAAACAUUAAAACAAUUGCCUUUGGUUUAUUAGAAUUCCACAAAGUUUGAUGUGAGAGUAGUCAGCAGAUAAUUUCUGUUGUUGCUUCAACAGGAUUGAAGAUUACUUCCUGUUCAUAACUGGUGUAUUUGUUUUAAGAAUGUGUUGAGGCGUUGUUAUGGUUGUAAAUACUGUAAACUAUAUAUCUGAGCAGUGUUUUGAGCUUAACAUACAACCCAGCUAUACAUACAUAAGUAUGAACCUUGUCACAUUGGUGGCUGAGAGAUUAAGGUACGAUUGUAUUUUUAUAUAGAGCUCCACGUUAGUUGUAGCUUCGUAUGCUUAAACUAGUAAUGUAAUUAAUAAAACAUGUAAACCGCAAUUAUUUUUCAUUGCAAAAACAAUAACAGUUUUGCAAUAAUAAAUGUUUGGUUAAAUUGUGUAUUACUGUUAUUAAUUAAAUACCACAGUACCAGUUUUUUCCGUAAUGUGAUGUUUGUUGUGAUUUUGACACCCACAUUCCUAGUAUUAAAACUUGUAUAGCAUUUCUCUCAUGAUGAAUAAAUAAGUUAUUUCAAAGUU